CCCCGGUGGCCUGCUGGAGGUAGAAACAGCAGCAGCAUUAGCAGCAGCAGCGGCUGCGGCUGCUCUGCCGCCGCCGUCUCCGCGAGAGCAUGGAGUGCGCCCUGGACGCCCAGAGCCUGAUCAGCAUCUCCCUGCGCAAGAUCCACAGCUCCCGGACCCAGCGCGGCGGCAUCAAGCUGCACAAGAACCUCCUGGUGUCCUACGUGCUCCGCAACGCGCGCCAGCUCUACCUGAGCGAGCGCUACGCCGAGCUCUACCGGCGCCAGCAGCAGCAACAGCAGCAGCAGCAGCCGCCCCACCACCAGCACCAGCACCUCGCGUACGCGGCGCCGGGCAUGCCGGCCAGCGCGGCCGACUUCGGCCCGCUCCAACUUGGCGGCGGCGGGGACGCGGAGGCGCGCGAGCCGGCCGCCCGGCACCAGCUGCACCAGCUCCACCAGCUCCACCAGCUGCACCUCCAGCAGCAGCUGCACCAGCACCAGCACCCGGCGCCCAGGGGCUGCGCGGCGGCGGCGACCGGGGCGCCCGCGGGCUGCGCGGGGGCGCUCUCGGAGCUGCCCGGGUGCGCCGCGCUCCAGACGCCGCACGGCGCGCCCCACCGCGGGCAGCCCUUGGAGCCGCUGCAGCCGGGUCCUGCGCCGCUGCCGCUGCCGCUGCCGCCGCCCGCGCCCGCCGCGCUCUGCCCGCGGGACCCUCGCGCCUCGGCCGCCUGCUCCGCGCCCUCCGCGCCCCCAGGGGCCGCCCCUCCUGCCGCCGCCGCCGCCGCCGCCGCCGCCGCUUCCCCGCUCGCCUCCGCGGCCCCCGCCUCCUCCCCCAGCUUCUACCGGGGCGCAUACCCGGCCCCCUCGGACUUCGGCGUGCACUGCAGCAGCCAGACCACCGUGCUGGACCUGGACACUCACGUGGUGACCACGGUGGAGAACGGCUACUUGCACCAGGACUGCUGCGCCUCCGCCCACUGCCCCUGCUGUGGCCAGGGCGCUCCGGGACCGGGCCUGGCGUCCGCCGCCGGCUGCAAGCGCAAGUAUUACCCUGGCCAGGAGGAGGACGACGAGGAGGACGCAGGCGACCUGGGGGCCGAGCCCCCCGGGGGCGCCCCGUUCGCCCCCUGCAAGCGCGCCCGCUUCGAGGACUUCUGCCCGGACUCGUCCCCGGACGCGUCCAACAUCUCAAACUUGAUCUCCAUCUUUGGCUCGGGCUUCUCGGGGCUGGUGAGCCGACAGCCGGACUCCUCAGAGCAGCCGCCGCCGCUCAACGGGCAGCUGUGCGCCAAGCAGGCGCUCGCCAGCCUCGGCGCCUGGACUCGAGCCAUUGUCGCCUUCUAGGGACCCCCGAGGGCACGGGCACCCGGGGCCCCGCGGGGCUGGGGCCAGACAAAGACUCGGCCAACGGGCGAGAGGAGGGAACGAGCGGGCGCCCGGCCACUCGGGGCUGAGCUGGGAGCGAGCAA